UGGGACACGGGGUACAUUAGGACACCUUCAAAUUUGCCGCCUUCCGGUGGUCGGAGAAUCUGCCAAUAAUUCUCGGUUAUAGCCCAGCUCGAGUUGUUUCGUUUCCACAAGGCGGUGACCAACCUCGUCGAUCUCGGGUGGAGGCAGCUGGAUGCAAAGUUUUUAUCCACGAAAAACAAGAAAAUGCCUCGAAAGAGAUCCGGGGAAAGGAAGAAUGCCACUUUCGACAAAGAAACCAUCGCGGAGGCCGUGAAAACAGUCCGAUCAGGGAAAAGUAUUAGACACACUGCGAAGGAGUUUGGCCUCUCAAAAUCAACUCUCCAGCGGUACGUUGACGGUACCAAAGAUCAAGAGGACCUGUCCAACGCCAAAUUGACCCCGAACUACGCGUCGCGGCGGGUCUUUACCGAAGAUAUGGAAAAGGAACUCUCCGAGUAUAUACGGGACUGCGCUAAAAUGGGAUUUGGCUUAGACACUGAGCAAGUGGGACAUUUGGCAUUUAAACUGGCUCAAAUAAACUCUCUCACACGUCCGCCAAAGUGGGACGAGGAAGAAAAAGCUGGUGCCGAGUGGCUCUUUGGGUUUAGACAGCGGCAUCCUGAACUUAGCAUGCGGAAGCCGGAACCGUGCAGUGUCAAUCGUGCGUCAGCCUUUACCCCAGAAAAUAUGAAAGUAUUUUUCGACAAUCUCAAGAAAGCCAUGGAGAGGCACACUUCUUUCGCCGAUGGGAGCCGAGUUUACAACCUGGACGAAAUUGGCACAACAACUGUAGGAUCGGUGAAGAGAAAAAUUCUGGCACCGAGUGGAGUAAAGCAAAUUCCCCAAUCAAAGACUGCUGAGAGAGGGACCCUAGUGACAACUACAUGUAUAAUCGGUGCAAACGGGACCGCGUUGCCACCAAUUAUGGUAUUCCCUCGCGUUAACUUUGUACCGCACAUGCUUAUUAAUGCGUACCCGGGGACUUUAGGUCUGGCAGCCCCUUCUGGAUGGAUGAAUGGUGAUUUAUUUCCUGAGGUUAUGAAGCACUUUGUGAAGCACACUGGGUCUUCAAAACAAAACCCUACACUGCUUAUUAUGGACAAUGACUCCUCGCACCUUGCACUUGAGGCCCUAGACAUUGCAAAAAAUAAUGGUGUGACCCUAUUAACUCUGUCCCCACAUACGAGCCACAAAACACAGCCUCUCGAUGUGUCUGUUUUCAGCCCCUUUCGAAACUACUAUGACAAUGCUAUGCGCUCUUGGAUUAUGAGCAAUCCUGGGCAAAAUGUGACCAUCUAUCAUGUUGCCUCAUUUGUAAAUACGGCUAUGGGGAAGGCCAUGAAUCCUAGCACCAUACUGUCAGGGUUUCGGAAGUGUGGGAUAUUUCCACUCAAUCCUGACAUAUUAACGGAGGCCGACUACCUGUCCGCUUCACCCUUCAGGGCUCUAGAAGAAGUGCAAGCGACAGAGUCGAGCGGGCUCCCCGACAAUCCAUCUGCUACGGCGACUUCCGAUGCUUCAACUGUAGCGACCGCCAACGAAGACGCCACUGCAGCAUCUGCACAAGAUACACCUGGAGUUGCGCCGACUGAUGAUCAGACUCCUGGACCGAGCAAAAGCAAGUUUCUCGGGCCUUAUGCUGUCCGAGGCCUGCCACGCAAGUCUGGUGAUCAGCCUGCGCCUGUCAAACCCAAUCGUCGGAAGGGACGCUCAAUGAUUCCGACCGACACUCCAGAAAAGCAGCUUCUUGAAGCCCAAAAGGCCGCCGCCCGAGGGGUACCCAACUCUGAAAAAUCGCGUACACAGACUGGAGAUUGCAAUGACUGUAGUUGAUUAUAAUAAUUGUAAAUGACUGGUGGGAUUGCAAAGUACCUGAAAGAAUUGCAAGGAUUGUGAAUGAUUGCACGUGGGACUGCAGGAUUGGAGAUGACUGGAUGUGUGACUGGAACUGAUUGGAGGUGACUGGAUGUGUGACUGGAACUGAUUGUAGAUGAUUGUAGAUGAUUGUAGAUGAUUGUAGAUGAUUGUCGAUGAUUGUAGAUGAUUGUCGAUGAUUGUAGAUGAUUGCAGAUG